UAAAUACCAUAUGAUAUUCGUAUAUAAAACAUGCAUAAUCAUGUAAAUAUACAAACUUACACAAAUUCAAUUUACUGAUAUGGUGCUCUUAUUAUAGAAUUAUCACUAUAUAGAGAGUGUGCCAAUAUUUAAUGAACUUUCCUCUGUGUAAUCAGUGUAUAGAUAUUUUUGAUAUGUAAGGUUAUAUAGACAUUUAUGGAACCCAAAUCAAACCAACAAGGUUAUGAUUUACCAUUUAAAAAAAUAAAUUCAAUAGUUCUUAUUUCUCAUGACUUGUAGAUUUCUUGCUCCAUGCCCAUGGAUCUAGAUCUAUGAUAUCUGAUUCUUUUUCAGCCUAAAUAAGGAGAAAAUUAAUGUGUUGAUUCUUUGCAUGUCUUGAUUUGGUUUGUUAUUAUGUUGUUGAGACUACUUUAGCAUUUUGCUAGCUUUUAGUCUCCUGAGCCUAUUUAAUACCAAAAUAUGCAGACUUUCCUUGCAGAGAAAAGUAAUAUGUAGAGAUUUCUAAGUGUGUCAACAUCUGUCCAUCCAAUAAGAACUCUUAUGAGUGCCUGCUGUGUUGUAGGCCUGCUACUGUGAGGAAGGUCAUAUUAGUAUUACUUGGCUUUUUAAAAACUUGCAUGUCCCUUGUGCCAAUAUGCUAUUAUGCUUUAUUUCUCUGCAGUAAUCACCAUCAUAGUCUGCUGGUGCUAAUGAUGGAAAUGAGCCUCUGAUGUGUCACACUUGGAAAAAGCUCAAGAUCACUGAUGAGAUAUAACUAUUUACAUAUAUUGAAUUAUUAUAUGUCAAUAUUUUGAUUAAUAUCACAUAUGAACGUAUAUCUAUUAAUAUUUUGCAUUAACAAUGAUAAUAUGCAUCAUAAUAUAUUUUCUGAUUCUAAGGGUUUCACAGUCCGGUGGGGUAGCCUAAAACAUAACCACAUAAUUCCAUGUGAAGUGCGAAGUACCUCAAGAGAAGAUAUGCGUAAGGUCCCACUUGAUGGUGGAGAAGACUAAGUUUUGCUUGUGAAAAUUGUAGAGGGCUUUGUAGAAGUGAAUCCAUUUUAGAGACAUGUAGUUUGGUAAUGUUGGUGAUGUGUUAGGCAUUAUGAGACAGAUUCAGAAGCUAGGAUAAUCUGGUAGUCUGUGAGACUGUUGGGAAGAUUGUGUAUUCAUUCACUUGACAUGGCUAUAGAGGCAGACAAAUAUGUUUGAUAGCAGCCUUUGUAACAUGGCAUCUUGUAGAUUGUGUUCUCUUGUAAGUUUCUUAAAAUGUUAUCACUUUUUGCAUUGCUUAACUGUUGUUAAAGUGUUUUAAAGAAAUGCGCUGGGAAACCCAAUGGCCUUUAGAUUCCUUUAGAUCCAACUUGUUCAUGUGCUAGGUCUGUGCUUAAACAAAUGGUUUAACUUCUCCGUAUCUUAGCUGCAUUAUCUGUAAAAUGUGAGUGAAAAUACUACUUCAAGGAUUAUUCAUCCAAAUUAAAAUAAAAUGAGAUAAUGCAUUCUUGGCACAGUUCCUGGCUCAUAGUAAGAGCAUGAAAUAUUUUUGUUAUUAGCUAAAACUUCAGCUUAGAAUAUGUAUCAACAUUGAAGAUUGUGGGCCUUAAAAAAGCCUACUUCUGACUUUCAAUUUCUUUCAACAUUCAAUUAAAUUCUGAUAGAAGUAUUGUAAAACACCUGAUUCUGGAAUUAUAUGUAUAUAUUUCCCUUACUUUGUUAAAACAGGUGUCCACAACAAGAUUGAUAGAGAAAUUAAUAAUUGGGGUGCAGAUGGUGAAAAUCUUUUCUAAAGGUGUGUGUGUGUGUGUGUGUGUGUGUGUGUGUGUGUGUGUUUGUGUGUGUGUGUGUAUAGCUCUGUGAAUGUUUAGAUAGAAUCUUAAGUUUAUAUUGAAUUUGAAGCUGAAGAUUGACUAGAUUGCCUAUACAAAAUACUUAACAAGUGAGCUAAUUUCUGCCCGAAUUCUGUAUUCCUACUCAUAUAUAUCAUAUCACUAUUUUCCUCUUAUAUGUGAAUGUGUAAAAUAGAGGCUGUGUGGGUCCAGAGGGAACUUAGAUAUGUGGUCAUCCUCUCUGGCUUGAAUCUUACCACUCUAUCCGGCUUUGUGUUUAAAAUUAAUUUAAGAGUAAUUAUCUGUUUCAGAUUUACUUUGACAUCUACCCAACCUAUUUUUUAUUUUAUUUAUUUAUUUCUGAUCUUUUGUUUUAAUCUUUGGAUGCAAGAUGAUGCAAUAAUGAUAAAACAAAAUCCAAAAGCCCAUAAAGCUGGGGGAUGUGCUUGGGAUUUUCAAGGGUGGGAUAGGGUCUGUAUUAGACAUGAGUUUACUGAUUACGAUCCCAGGCAUUGGUUUUCUGUCCUUCAUUGUUAGCACAGGUGAGUCUGGGGAUACAGACUGAAUGGAGUGGGGAAGAGAGGAUUUGUUAAUAACCAGGGAGGAGCACAUGGGAUAGAUCUCAGGUAUUUGCAAGCAUUUGAGAACCACUGAUUUUAACUAUAUGAACUGCGAUGCCUCAGUGCCAUCCUGGGUCUUUCCACAUUCUAUAUUUAAUUGAAAGCCUUUGCCAUAUUUUGGUUAGGGACUCAAUUUUAAUCAGAUAAAAUGUAAGUAAUUAUAAAAUAAUGACAAAUUUAGCAUACAAGGUUUUAAUGAAUCACAGUAGUUGGACAGCAUUAGAAACAAUAGUUGAAAAAAUACUUAGAGCUUUUUUAUGCAGUGAUAUCUGUAUAAUCUAUUUAGCUCAAAGAUAACAUUGAGUUUCUAUCCACAUAUGUUUGUGAAUGUAUAAUUUGGACACCUGGGAUUUUAUUUUACCUAGAUGUUUUAUCCAUUCCCUUUUAAAAAUCCAAUGUUCUAUCUGUAAUGCUCUGCCACUACACAUUCUUUCAAAAAAGUUCUGAUUCUAAAUCUUUCAUGAUGAUACACCUCAAUCUUCUUUAAACAUAGAUAGCACUUAUGGAAAAAACAAAAACAAAACAGAUCCUUCAACACAGGCCACUUCAUAGCAAAACAUCUUAGUUUUCUUGCCAAGUUAAUGAAGGAAUACUGCUUUGUUUUGUUUUUUCCCUUACAUACACAUGCUUUGAAAUCUUGGUUAGAUUUCUUUCUUCAACAUUACUGUCUUAGAGUGGUUUUUCCCACUGUGUUCAGCAGCACAUUAGUUUUGUUGGGUAAAUUAUGUGACAUAAAACCAAAUAUGUGACAUAAAGCCAAAUGAGAUUGGGAAAUUCCAGUCCAAAUUGAACAGACGUCACCCCCUCCAAUCUAUUUGUAAAACUGUAAUUGCUAAUGUACAUUGUGGAUCUCUGGGAGGGAUAUAUAUUAUACAGUUUCCAUUAAAUUUAAUUUGUCCAAGGAAUCUCCUUUUGUUUCUUUUUUUGAAGCUAAUAUCAUGGGAAGCAUGUAGAGACAAGUCUUGAAUUUCUUGUCGUCUGUGCUUAAACAGUUACCGUAUUAAAAUCCCAGGCAGAACUUAGCUAAACUUCUGGUAAGCAUAGGCAGAAUGUUCUGAAAUACCAUAAUGUUUUUUCAAAAAGGUUCUUACGGUUGAAGAUUUCUAAGCCUUUUACUUAUCCAGCUCCAAAUUAUGAACAGAUUCUAUGUUUACCUUUUUUCCCCCCAUACAUAAAGCUUUUCAUACCCUAGAAGUCAGGAAAAAGUGAUUUAAUCUUAUUAUUAGAAGUGACUUUGAAGUAUAGUUUUUUAAAGAUCAGUUUUCUUUGGAAAAUUUCUCUGUACUUAAUAAAAGAGAGAAAAUGACUCCUGUGUGUGCGUGUAAUUUGUUUUCGUCAGAAGGAAAAAUGAUGCUAAUUAGGUUAAAAUAAGUAGUUGGCACUAAAUUGUGUGAUUUCUAAACCAAAUUUUGUAUCAAUAGUGUGUGUUCAUUACAAUGUGAAAGACAACUAUCAGUACUGCUUAUUAAUUUAAGUGGGCUUAAAAAAUACAAGAUAAACAUCUCUGGCCUUGUGGAACUUUUAUGUAUUGACACUCUGAACUUAUUUCUAAAUCACUUUUGUUGCGUGAAUGCAUUAGCUGGUUCAUUGUAAUAUUUUCAUCUGUUGGAUACUUCUAUGGUUGUCCUUAGUCCAUUGGUCUCAGAUGGAUGCAGGCCAUUUAAAUUGUUCCAUGUCAUACAGCACAGUGGUUUGUGAGUUAUUUCCUAGUUUCAUGAGGAAGAACUGCUGUAUAUGAAGACACAAACUUCCUUCCCUUCAUUUUAGAGAUAUACACCCAUGCACAUGCACACAUACAGAGUAUAUUACAAGUUCUCAGUAUGUCUUCACAACAUCUGUUUUAAUCUUACAUUAAAUUUGGCACUUUUAUUAAUAAUAAUAAUAAACCUUACCAAAUAUACUUGGCUUACUGGUGCUGUGAAGACAGCGAGCAUUCUAAUUGCACUAUGUUAUCUUUAUGGUAAGCAUCUAUUAGAUUCACUAUACUAUAUAUGUGUGUCAGUUUACCAAAUGGAUUUGCAGUGAUUGACACAGAUUUCUUAAGAGAGAACUAAGAAGGCUGUUAGUUAUAUUGGUGUAUUAAUAUUGGGAUUUUCUUUUCUAUUGAAUAACAGAUUAGAAAACAGAAAAAGGCAACAUUAAUACUUAAAAAAAAUAAACUACCUUUAGUAUCCAAAGAUAGUUUUCACCAAAUGCUGGGGACAUAGUCAAAGGCAUUCCUACAAAGCACAGCACUUGUUAUUUUUGUUAUGAGUGAAAAUCUAAUUUACAUACAAUAAAAUGUCAAUUCACAUCAUAACAAUCAAGAUAAAUAGAAACAUUUAUACUCUUCGAUGAGCUACUCUUUUUGAACUUAAGUGCUGUGCUUGGCUCUUUGCCCAGAGGGCAGUUGAAAUGUUCUAAGUUUAACAGAGAAGUAGGAAUGAAGUUGAAAUUGACUUGUGUGCAAAUGCAAAGUCAGAUUGAUUGGCCUGUGUGAAUUAACAGUUGUCAUUGCAGAUAUUUUAAUCGUUUAUUUAUUUUUUGAGAGGAAAACGAAAGGAAAAACUACUUUUCUGCAGGGAAACAAAUGGUAACAUUUCUCAAUUUGCACAGUGAAAUGGUGAUCUUAUUCAAAUCAGGGAUUUUAAUACAUUUGCCUCUCACCUGUUAAGAAAGGAAAAAUAGUCAAUUCGCCUUGCCUUUUGAGGCUCGGUGAUGUGGUCUUUCUCUAUUUUAGUUUCUCUAGUUAGUGAAAUAGGUGCAUUUUUUUUGGAAGAUAUUUUCUUAUGAAAGUACAAUGGUUAAUGAAAUUUUUUCUUUAACAUGCAUUUGGCUAUAUGAAGACUCAUUUUGGCAAAGAGGACAUUAUUAUUUACUUACCACACUAUCUCCUUUUACCUAGACAAAUGCAUUUGAAAUGAGAUAUAUAAAAUGUAAAAAGAACAUAGCAAGAUGAAAUAAAAGCCUAAUAAAAUGUGUUUGGGCUAGCAUCAAAACUCCUUGAAAUAGGAUAUCUAAAUAGUGUGCAUUUUAUCUUAGAGAGCUUUGGGUUAGUUCUAGUGUCCAGAUGACUAUUAAUGGGCUUUUGUGUUCUGAAGCAUAUGUUAAUAGAAGUGAUCAUUUUGGAUUAAUUUAAUGUGAAUUAAUAAGAGAUUUAUUUGAUGGAAGUUGUUUGAAGGUGAUGACAUUUAAAACUCAACAACAUUUAAGAUGUUCAAAAAUACCUUUAAAAAAUUUGAGAACAGUCAAUUAAGAGAGAGCAAAUUAAAUAGAAAUGGAUAGGAAAGAACAGGAUCUGACAUUGAGUUUAUGAAGUUUGAAGCAGUUUACAAAAAAAGCGAUCUACCAUUGAAGUAUUGCCCUGGAAUCUGAAGAAAUAGAAAACAUCUAAACUCCUUCAGUGAUUCUUGGGUUUGUGAAUUGGAUAAACAAUGUUCUCUUGCAUUUUAUAGUUCACUUAAGCAAUCUGAUUUUGAUCUGUAUACAUGGAGUAGACAGGAUUCAAGUGUUUUUUUCUCCUAAGCCAAUGAGCAAACACAUAUGUUCUUUCAAAACUGAACUGUAUAUGUUGUUCAUAUGGAAGCUAUCUAGUUUGCUCUAGGCUCAAGAUUUGACCUUCCUUUUCUUUUGCUAUCAAUUUCUUAAUUCUUUAAAUUCUUUGUGGGGACUUUUGAUCAAAAGAAACUUUUUUUCUCUCCCUUAAAAGUUUUUUAAAAAAUAAAAGCUACAUGAAAUGUAUAAUUAAUAGCUCAGUAUUCUUAUGCUGGUAAUACAAGCAAGCAUGGAAGAAAACAUAUUUAUUAAGACGAAGACCAUGAUGACUUCUUUUUGUGCUAAGCUUUGAUUUCAAACACUUGAAAGUUUUGUAAUCUGGAAAAACAAAAAGAAAAUGUCUGUCAUUAUAUAUUAUGAAAAUAAGACCUGCUACCUAUAAUUAAAAAUUAUAUGCAACAAGAUUUGAAACUGAGGUCCAAUUACAGGAUCUUGCCCUCCUGAUUUUUUAGAGUCUUAUUCAGAAUGUAGUGUGUGUGUGUACAUAUAUAUGCACAUGCAUAUAUGUAUAUGAAAUGAUAUUUUGAAAGAUAUUCAAAAGUUUCAAUUUUCCUUGAGAAAGAGGAGUUCCUUGUAGUCAUUUUCCUUGCCUUUUAAGCAUAUCUUUCCUUUUUAAAUUAAUGACAAAUAGUAAAAUUAAAGUCAUCUUGCUUAAUGUGUUUUGCACAUAGUUGAGGUUGGAUAUAUUUACUGAACGCAUGAAUAUUGGGGGAAGUGAGUAACUGAGGGAAAGAUAGGCUUCAGUGGUGUUUAGACCACCCUUAGUAGUAGGUGGCCCACUAUUCUAUAGUCUUUCAAUGUAAUUGGACAAAUAUUUUAAAGGUAAAACUGAAGUACCAUUAACCAGAACUAUUAUAGAGUCACAGAGGAGGGGGAAUUUUGGAAAUAAUUUAUUCAAAUUCCCUUAUUGUACGGGAAAAACAGAGGCUCAGAGAAGCAAAUGGAUUUGCCCUUGAUCACACGAGCAGGUGAUUUAAAUCAGAUGCAGAAACUGGAUAUGCAAUUUCUAUGCCACUCUUACUCAGGUUUUUAUUCUUUACUUUGCUUAGGGUAAAGAUACUAUAAAGAAUAUAGAAUUUACAUCUCUUACCUUCAAGGAGUUUCUCAUCUAAUGGAAAUAAAUUUUAGUUCUUCUGCAUUGAGCUGAUGUGUGAUCUAAGCUCUGUUGUUAAAUUACUGUGAUAGCUGAUUACUUUGGUUGAAUAAUUUAUUUGAUUAUCUAUUGCAAGGUUAGUUGGAGUAAGAAUAUGUCAUAACUGUAUGCAUGUAUAUGUUUAUAUUAUAUAUAAUAUAUGAAAUAAAACUAAAUCACUAGUGGCUAAUUUACAAUAUCUAGGUAAUGAUAGAAAACUCAAAUCCCUUUUGCUGUAAAGGUGCUCUCUUGAGAACAUGAAUCAGUGUUCUACAGGAGAUUUUUUUUCUUAUGUAUUUAAGCACUUUAAAUAGUGAGAUAAAAUAGUUAUCAGAAUUAUUUUUGUAAGCUCUAAUGCUGAUUAUUUCUAUUGCAUAAAUCUGUCUAAAUUGUACUGUAAUGGAAAUAAUGUACUUCCCUAUUUUUAUAAAAGUAAACACUUUUUCUAAGAAAGCAAAGGAAGCUUUUAGAUUUGUUUUACUUAGAAGGAAAUACAGCUAAUUAAGAGUAGAAAUUUAUGAUUUUUACAAAUGGAAUAUCUUAUAACUCAGCAGUGAAAAUGAAUACAAAUAAGUAUUUGGGGGAAGCUACAUAUAUUUUUAACCUGCCUAAAUAUCGUGGCAUGUAUAAUAUGCUUUCUCAUUAUAUGGGCUGUUUAGGUGGAGAAUAAUGUAAAUGUAGGGCUGCUCACUAUUGCAUAGCCCCAGAGUUCAAUUUUUUAUCUCACAAUUAAAUAGGGGACUUAGAAUAGCAAUUUUGAGCUUUGCAGUUCUGCUUUAAAUUCUUUACCUCCUCUUUGUCAACUUCACUUUUAGCCCAUUAUCUAAAAUGCAGUUCACAGUGGUUUUACUCUACUGGAUAUUUUAAACUUUUCUGGGGUUAAGGUAGUCUGCAUGAAGGAUAUUGCUAUGUAGCAAGGUGAUAAAGUUUAAAAUAGAGUUGCCAAAACUAAUGACAACUUUCAUUGAUGUGAUUAUGUAUUUUAAUUACUUUAAGAUUUUCCAUAUAAAUGCCUAUGCUGGUGUUUGCAAAUUAAGGUCUUUUACCCAUAUCCCAAUGCAGGUAAGUAUUAUGGUCAUUAGGGGUGAAGAGGUUUUAGAGAUUAAAUAAUUUCACCAACGUCACAGUCUGUUAUGAAAAUAACUUAUGUCUUGUAGCCUUUUAUAUCAUGUUCCUCCUUCUCUUGUUUCUUUAUUAAAACCCAGGGGAGGGAGAGGAUCUGCUCAAGAUCUGCUCAUGAUUUUAUGUCUUUCAGGCAGCCUAUGAUGCCGGCAUAUUAAUGUAUUUUAGGUGUGAUAUAUUAAACUAUGUUUACAUCAUUUAGGAAGGAAAAUAUUUUUUUGCUUUGUUUUACAGAUGUACAGAUCAGCUCUCAAAAUGUCUUCUGUGUCUUCCGAGCGUCUUCUAAGACAAUUGCAUUAGCCUCCUGCUAGUUGACUAAUAGAAUUAAUAAUUGUAAAAAGCACUCUAAAGCCACAUGCCUUAUGAAGUCAAUGCUGGGUAUGAUUUUACAAAUAUGGUCCGGAAAAAGAACCCCCCUCUGAGAAACGUUGCGAGUGAAGGCGAGGGCCAGAUCCUGGAGCCUAUAGGUACAGAAAGCAAGGUAUCUGGAAAGAAUAAAGAAUUUUCUGCAGAUCAGAUGUCAGAAAAUACGGAUCAGAGUGAUGCUGCAGAAGUAAAUCAUAAGGAGGAACAUAGCUUGCAUGUUCAAGAUCCAUCUUCUAGCAGUAAGAAGGACUUGAAAAGCGUAGUCCUGAGUGAGAAGGCUGGCUUCAAUUAUGAAAGCCCCAGUAAGGGAGGAAACCUUCCCUCCUUUCCGCAUGAUGAGGUGACAGACAGAAAUAUGUUGGCUUUCUCAUCUCCAGCUGCUGGGGGAGUCUGUGAGCCCUUGAAGUCUCCUCAAAGAGCAGAGGCAGAUGACCCUCAAGAUACAGCCUGCACCCCCUCAGGGGACUCAUUGGAGACAAAGGAAGAUCAGAAGAUGUCACCAAAGGCUACGGAGGAAACAGGGCAAGCACACAGUGGUCAAGCCAAUUGUCAAGGUUUGAGCCCUGUUUCAGUGGCCUCAAAAAACCCACAAGUGCCUUCAGAUGGGAGUGUAAGACUGAAUAAAUCCAAAACUGACUUACUGGUGAAUGAUAACCCAGACCCGGCACCUCUGUCUCCAGAGCUUCAGGACUUUAAAUGCAAUAUCUGUGGAUAUGGUUACUAUGGCAACGACCCCACAGAUCUGAUUAAGCACUUCCGAAAGUAUCACUUAGGACUGCAUAACCGCACCAGGCAGGAUGCUGAGCUGGACAGCAAAAUCUUGGCCCUUCAUAACAUGGUGCAGUUCAGCCAUUCCAAAGACUUCCAGAAGGUCAACCGUUCAGUGUUUUCUGGUGUGCUGCAGGACAUCAAUUCUUCAAGGCCUGUUUUACUAAAUGGGACCUACGAUGUGCAGGUGACUUCAGGUGGAACAUUCAUUGGCAUUGGACGGAAAACACCAGAUUGCCAAGGAAACACCAAGUAUUUCCGCUGUAAAUUCUGCAAUUUUACAUAUAUGGGCAACUCAUCCACCGAAUUAGAACAACAUUUUCUUCAAACUCACCCAAACAAAAUAAAAGCUUCUCUCCCCUCUUCUGAGGUUGCAAAACCUUCAGAGAAAAACUCUAACAAGUCCAUCCCUGCACUUCGAUCCAGUGAUUCUGGAGACUUGGGAAAAUGGCAGGACAAGAUAACAGUCAAAGCAGGAGAUGACACUCCUGUUGGGUACUCAGUGCCCAUCAAGCCCCUCGAUUCCUCGAGACAAAAUGGUACAGAGGCCACCAGUUACUACUGGUGUAAAUUUUGUAGUUUCAGCUGUGAGUCAUCUAGCUCACUUAAACUGCUAGAACAUUAUGGCAAGCAGCACGGAGCAGUACAGUCAGGCGGCCUUAAUCCAGAGUUGAAUGAUAAGCUUUCCAGGGGCUCUGUCAUUAAUCAGAAUGAUCUAGCCAAAAGUUCAGAAGGAGAGACAAUGACCAAGGCAGACAAGAGUUCGAGUGGGGCUAAAAAGAAGGACUUCUCCAGCAAGGGAGCCGAGGAUAAUAUGGUAACGAGCUAUAAUUGCCAGUUCUGUGACUUCCGAUAUUCCAAAAGCCAUGGCCCCGAUGUAAUUGUAGUGGGGCCACUUCUCCGUCAUUACCAACAACUCCAUAACAUUCACAAGUGUACCAUUAAACACUGUCCAUUCUGUCCCAGAGGCCUUUGCAGCCCAGAAAAGCACCUUGGAGAAAUUACUUAUCCCUUUGCUUGUAGAAAAAGUAAUUGUUCUCACUGUGCACUCUUGCUUCUGCACUUGUCUCCUGGGGCGGCCGGAAGCUCGCGAGUCAAACACCAGUGCCACCAGUGUUCAUUCACCACCCCUGAUGUAGACGUACUCCUCUUUCACUAUGAGAGCGUGCAUGAGUCCCAAGCGUCGGAUGUCAAACAAGAAGCAAAUCACUUGCAAGGAUCAGAUGGGCAGCAGGCUGUCAAGGAAAGCAAAGAACACUCAUGUACCAAAUGUGAUUUUAUUACCCAGGUGGAAGAAGAGAUUUCCCGACACUACAGGAGAGCACACAGCUGCUACAAAUGCCGUCAGUGCAGUUUUACAGCUGCCGAUACUCAGUCACUACUGGAGCACUUCAACACUGUUCACUGCCAGGAACAGGACAUCACUACAGCCAACGGCGAAGAGGACGGUCAUGCCAUAUCCACCAUCAAGGAGGAGCCCAAAAUUGACUUCAAAGUCUACAAUCUGCUAACCCCAGACUCUAAAAUGGGAGAGCCAGUUUCUGAGAGUGUGGUGAAGAGAGAGAAGCUAGAAGAGAAGGAUGGGCUCAAAGAGAAAGUUUGGACUGAGAGUUCCAGUGAUGACCUUCGCAACGUGACUUGGAGAGGGGCAGACAUCCUGCGGGGGAGUCCGUCAUACACCCAGGCAAGCCUGGGGCUGCUGACGCCUGUGUCCAGCACCCAGGAGCAGACAAAGACUCUGAGGGAUAGCCCCAAUGUGGAAGCUGCCCACCUGGCGCGACCUAUUUAUGGCUUGGCUGUGGAGACGAAGGGAUUCCUGCAGGGGGUGCCAGCUGGUGGAGAGAAGUCUGGGGCCCUUUCCCAGCAGUAUCCUGCAUCGGGAGAAAGCAAGUCCAAGGAUGAAUCCCAGUCCCUGUUACGGAGGCGUAGAGGCUCCGGUGUUUUUUGUGCCAAUUGCCUGACCACAAAGACCUCUCUCUGGCGAAAGAAUGCAAAUGGCGGAUAUGUAUGCAAUGCGUGUGGGCUCUACCAGAAGCUUCACUCGACUCCCAGGCCUUUAAACAUCAUUAAACAAAACAACGGUGAGCAGAUUAUUAGGAGAAGAACAAGAAAGCGCCUUAACCCAGAGGCACUUCAGGCUGAGCAGCUUAACAAACAGCAGAGGGGCAGCAGUGAGGAGCAAGUCAAUGGAAGCCCAUUAGAGAGGAGGUCAGAAGAUCAUCUAACUGAAAGUCAUCAGAGAGAAAUUCCGCUCCCAAGUCUAAGUAAAUAUGAAGCCCAGGGUUCAUUGACUAAAAGCCAUUCUGCUCAACAGCCAGUACUGGUCGGCCAAACUCUGGAUAUUCACAAAAGGAUGCAACCUUUGCACAUUCAGAUAAAAAGUCCUCAGGAAAGUACUGGAGAUCCAGGAAAUAGUUCAUCUGUAUCUGAAGGGAAAGGAAGUUCUGAGAGAGGCAGUCCUAUAGAAAAGUACAUGAGACCUGCAAAACACCCAAAUUAUUCACCACCAGGCAGCCCUAUUGAAAAGUACCAGUACCCACUUUUUGGACUUCCCUUUGUACAUAAUGACUUCCAGAGUGAAGCUGAUUGGUUGCGGUUCUGGAGUAAAUAUAAGCUCUCCGUUCCUGGGAAUCCGCACUACUUGAGUCACGUGCCUGGCCUACCAAAUCCUUGCCAAAACUAUGUGCCUUAUCCCACCUUCAAUCUGCCUCCUCAUUUUUCAGCUGUUGGAUCAGACAAUGACAUUCCUCUAGAUUUGGCGAUCAAGCAUUCCAGACCUGGGCCAACUGCAAACGGUGCCUCCAAGGAGAAAACGAAGGCACCACCAAAUGUAAAAAAUGAAGGUCCCUUGAAUGUAGUAAAAACAGAGAAAGUUGAUAGAAGUACUCAAGAUGAACUUUCAACAAAAUGUGUGCACUGUGGCAUUGUCUUUCUGGAUGAAGUGAUGUAUGCUUUGCAUAUGAGUUGCCAUGGUGACAGUGGACCUUUCCAGUGCAGCAUAUGCCAGCAUCUUUGCACGGACAAAUAUGACUUCACGACACAUAUCCAGAGGGGCCUGCAUAGGAACAAUGCACAAGUGGAAAAAAAUGGAAAACCUAAAGAGUAAAACCUUAGCACUUAGCACAAUUAAAUAGAAAUAGGUUUUCUUGAUGGAAAUUCAAUAGCUUGUAAUGUCUUAUGAAGACCUAUUAAAAAAAAAAUACUUCAUAGAGCCUGCCUUAUCCAACAUGAAAUUCCCUUCUUUUAUUAUUCUUUCUUUUGAUGAGUAGGUUACCAAUAUGAAAAAGUGAGAUAAAUGGUCAGUGAGAAAGAGUGGAAGAUGGUAAGCAUUCACGUUUUAAAGCCUAUUAAGUCAAAACCAUCUUGGCCAAUAUGUACUGGGGAAAUAAUCCAUAAGAGAUAUCACCAGACUAGAAUUAACAUGUUUGUAAAGAAAGAGACCAAAACUGUCUAGAAUGUGAAAGGGUUUACAUAUUAUGAUACUAAAGCAGUAUUGGGCUGGCCAUUGGACCAUUUGUUCCAAAACCCAUAAAUUGUUUUCCCUAAAUUUAUAAGUAUCAUGAAACCCUAGGCAGAGGAGGGGAAAUUAAAGGUCCAGGGCAAUGAAAGAAAAAUGGUGCCCUCUCAAUUUGGUCUCCUCUCAUUGGCCGUAUUUCAGAUUUGGACCUAGAAACGCGAGCUGUGGUUAGGCUUGGUUAGAGUACAGCAAGAAACGUGACAGAUGGUGGCACGCUGUUUUUAGCCAGCCCUGCCUGUACAUACACAUGCACACCCUCUCUGAUAUUUUUGUCCUUUAGAUGUUCAAAUACUCAGUAGUCCUUUUGUUUGCAGUUUAGGUUCAUUUUGUCCACACAUAGAUCCAUUUUAGAAAACAAUGUCCUUGAUGCUUCUGUUAUUUCAUUUUAGCCAGGUAUUUCUUUCUUGUGUGUAAUGAACCAGUAUGGAUUUGCUUUUCUAAGCUUCCUGUUGGUUUACUAAUCUCACUUGGCACAUUAUAACUAAAGGAAUCCCCUGAAUUCAAAACCAUAGAUGGAUACAAAUGUCAGACCAUGGGUUUAAUUUGUUUCGGACACACGGCAUUUCUUCACAAGGUAACCUGCUGUAUUUAUUUAUUUUCUUUUGGUUAAAUAUAAUUUCCAAACUUUGUGGUCAGGCAGUGUCUAAGGUUACGUUACCACAGACUGACAGUUGGUUUAUGUACCAGUCAAUCCCUUCAUUUAAUGUAUACAGGUUUAGUUAAGUAGCAUUAAAUAGGAUUCUUAGAAGUAUGUCCUCAUAGUACUUUUAAUACUUAAGGCUUUGUAAAAACUAUCCAUGAAGGGAAAGCUCCUCAGCAUAACUGCUCAGGGAAAUAGGGCUAAAUAACUGAACAUUAAAUAAUUGGUUAAAGGUGCUGUUAGUCGAGCCUCAAUGCUUGCUACAAGGAUGUAUGUACAAGGACUGACUUUAAUAAUUUGCAUUAUAUUGUCCCAACCAGUAGUUUAUUUUUUGCCACGGAGAUGUAGAAGAUAUUACAAGCUACUGGAUGCACUGUCAGAUUAACUUAUUUCAUUAAAGAAGUUGGGAGAACAAAUAGGAAAAAAAAACUUAUUUUUCUAGUAAAUAUUAAUGUAUUACAUUUCAAAUAAUGGUGCCUGACAUAUUGAAUAAUUAUUUUCUACAGUGUACGUAUGCAACAAAGAUAUUCCAUCAUGCAUUAGAGUCAGUUCUGGCUCUGCCUAGCUGUUUACAUUUGCAAAUGUAGCAAACAAGGUAAUGAAGCAACUAUUUCUAUUGCAGUAGAUAUCCUUUUGUGUGUGUGUGUGUGCAUUAAAGUUGUAACCGGUAACAUGAAACAAAUGAAAGUUCUUGCUAUAAUGGUAUGGAAAACAAGAAGGAAAUGAAAAUAUUUUUAUGCCUACUUAGGAAAAAAAGGGUAGCACUAUUCAUUCCAAGUACUUUUUUUUUUAAUUUUUAAGCUCUUAACUCACAUUGUUAUGCUUAAGAUGAUAAACAUAUAUCCUCUUUUUAUUGCUUUGUCUAUGUUUCAUAUGAAACAUUUCAGAAAUUAUUUUGAUAAGUGUUGCUGGAAUCUGCAACGCUGAUGUUAUUAUUGCAUUCUGUAGUUGCAUUUGCACUCCAUUUUUACAUUAAUUCGCAGUUGCUUUGUAUUGUUUUGUUUUGUUUGGGUUUUGUUUCUUUUUCACAGUGCCGGGUCUUCAUUUCUUAAAGUUGGAUGGCAGGUAGAGUUCAACCAGUUCGUGACUGUUGUAGCGAAUGAAGUUAAAAAAUGUCUUUCUUAUGUUGUGUUGUCAUUUUCAUUCUUGCAUUUUUGUUUGCAUAUUAAAAAAAGAGAAAUGAGAAAGCAAGAGACAGAAAUCAGGACUAAGUCCUCUGCUUCAGUUUCAUUGUUAAUGGGCCUUAUUCUGAUCUCACCUGUCGCGUAGCUCUAAUAUUCACGUAAACUGAAAUAAAGAAGUGGAAUGAGGAGCUUUGACAUUCAAAUUAUGUGAUGUAAUUUAUCUUCCUUAGGAAUUUUGAUGGAUGCAUCUCAAAAUAUAUAGCCAGACUUGAGAGGUGACAAUUAGUGAUCUAAAAAAGAGAGGAGAUUCCCCAAACCACAAUAUUUAAUUUUCUUAGUAAAAAGAAUAACAAAAUGCAUCAUGGCAAUCCUCAAGAAACAUUAUCUAUGUGGACUGCUUAAAUCAGCAAAACACCAGAAGUUUGGUUAACUUGGGCAAUAUGACAAGUAUUAAUUUUGGGGCAAAAUUACUCAUUAAGCAAUUUCUCUAGUGUGUGGGACACAAAUAGAUUUUUUAUUUUUGGCAUGUAUGCCUUUUUAUUUUCAUUCAAUUUUUUUUUUUCUCAGACAGACAUGGUAGUAAUGACUAGCAUUGGAAAAUACCUAUCACUAUUGGAAUAUUUAUGGUCAGUCUACUUUUUAGUAGAAUAUUUUUGGAUAGCAUUGACACAAUAGAUCUUAUUCCAUACUUCUUUAUUAUUGAUAAUUUUAUUUUCAUUUUUGCUUUCAUUAUUAUACAUAUUUUGGUGGAGAAGAGGUUGGGCUUUUUAAAAAAGAGACAAAAAUUUAUUAUAACACUAAAUACUCCUUAUUUUUUGACUUAUUAAAGCCUUUAUUCCAUCUCUCAAAAUAUAUUAUUAAAUUUAUUUUUUUAAUUUAAGAUUUCUGAAAUAUUUUAUCUUAAAUUGUAAUUUUAAAUGAGCUAUGGUACGGAACCUUUUAUUAAUGAGGAUUUUCAUGAUGAUUUAGGAAUUUUCUCUCUUGGAAAAGGCUUCUCCUGUGAUGAAAACGAUGUGACAGUUAAAAUUGUAUGCCAUUUAAAAACUGAAAACCUUUUAAAAAUAUUUCUCUAUAUUCUAAAUAGAACUUUGGAUCAAACUUUAGGCCAGGACCAGCUCAUGCGUUCUCACUCUUCCUUUUCUCAUUCUUUCUCUCAUCACUCACCUCUGUAUUCAUUCUGUUGUUUGGGAUAGAAAAAUCAUAAAGAGCCAACCCACCUCAGAACAUUGUGGAUUGAGAGAGACACUACAUGAAUCCAAGUAUAUGAGAAAAGGAUGGAGCUCUAAUAGAUAACUCUCUAGUUCAAAAGGAAAAGAGUGUGCCCAAUUCUCUCUACAUGACAUAUUGAGAUUUUUUUUUUAAUCAAUUUUUAAGAUAGUGAUGUUCUGUUCUAAACUGUUCUGUUUUAGUAAAGGUAGAUUUUUAGAAAACAAGCAUGGGGAUUCUUUUCUAAGGUAAUAUUAAUGAGAAGGGAAAAAAGUAUCUUUAACAGCUCUUUGUUGAAGCCUGUGGUAGCACAUUAUGUUUAUAAUUGCACAUGUGCACAUAAUCUAUUAUGAUCCGAUGCAAAUACAGCUCCAAAAAUAUUAAAUGUAUAUAUAUUUUAAAAUGCCUGAGGAAAUACAUUUUUCUUAAUAAACUGAACAGUCUCAGUAUGGCUAUUAAAGUAAUUAUUAGCCUCCCGCUGUGUGGCUGCUAAACAUCACAAAGUGACCGGUCCUGAGACCUGUGAACUGCUGCCUGUUUAGUAAAUAAAAUUAGUGCAUUUCUAGAGGGGGAAUAUCUGCCAUCCAGUGGUGGAAAUGUGGAGUAAAGACGCUGGUGGUCUGCUUCUGUGCUGUAUGCCAGCCUUUUGCCUAAAGUUGAGAGGAGCUCAACUUUAGUUACUGUUUCUGGGUGGGGCAAAAAACAAACAAACAACAGCAACAACAACAAAAAACAAACACUUAAGGCAUCUUUGGUGAGCCAGUAAGGUGAAAGCUUGCUGACUGUCCAAUAUACAGGAGAAAAUUGAGGAAUUGAAAUGCAACCUGAGUAUAAAACUAAAUAUUCUAACCAAAGGUAGGUACUGUUAGGUGGAAUUCUAUCAGCAGACAAAUGAGAAGAAGAUAGAAGGACACCCAUCGGGACUUUUAGGGCAGUGUUAUUUUCCCAAAGAAAGACGGCCAAGGGCAGAGGCAUGGCUUCUUCACAGAGCACUUCCUUUUGAUUUUUCAAUACUGUUUCAUAGACAGUGGACUCACAUAUUCCUGAAAGUGGCACAGUUGCUUAGAAAGCAUCCCAGUUAAUUGCAGUAAUUAGAACUUCUGGAAUAUGCUAGGGCAGAAGUAUGUCAGGUCAGGGAUGAAGAAAAUGUGAAAUUCAAGAGUAAUCCACAUAUGGAAACUAGAUAAUGUACGUUCAUGUGUUCUCUUGAAAGGAAAGGGAGAGCUGUAAGCUUCACUCUGUCCUACACCAGAGAAAAACAAGAAUAACUUUACCGUGGAAAUAAUGUUUACCUUUAUCAGAGAAAAUGGUCCUUCUAGUCCAUAGAGUCCCAACACUCAAUUCUGGUUUUCCCCUGGUUGUUUCUUUCACAUAUGGACUGCAGCAUAUCACUUUUUCUUUUUGUGCCUCAGGUUCCUCAGCUGUAAAAUGGAAAAAAAAUAUAUUAAUAAUAAUAAUAUUAAUAAUAAUAAUGGUAAUGUAGUAUUUGUUUGUAAAGCACUUUGAGAUCCUUGGUUGAGAGGCACCAUACGAGUGCCAAGUAUUAUUAUGUGGCCAAGGGGAUUAUAUAAACUGUCAGUUCCCAUGGGCCAAGAAAGGUUGGGGUCAUUUUUCUUAAAGAUGAGCUGUAAAUAUCAACUAGGCAGCCAAUAGUGUUGACUAUGAAGAUGCAAAACUAUUACUAGGCUGAUAAAACCAUAGUUUCUUAAUGGCUACCAAUAAGGCAAAUAUCACAAUAACAAAUGCCAAAUUGCUUAGGGUGGACUAUUUGACAACCACAUGGAAAUUUUGGGGGGAGGCAUGCGGGGGGGGAACAUCUCAAAAUGCCAAUGUAAAAUUAACUUACAGCAAUAUUCACCAGCAGAAAAUGUCUUUCAUGUGGAAUGAUUUCAUGUUGCUAAGAAAAAGAAUUCAAUUUGUAGUCCUGAUUUGAAUAUUAGAAUGUUGGCUAUAAUAGUUCUGUUCUUACAACACAUGAAAUUUUUUUUGUUUUAUUUUAUUUUGUUUUCAUAGUGCAUGUUCAUUUCUACUCACAAACAUGUUCUUGGUGUAUUUCUUAUGCAAACAAUCUUCAGGCAGCAAAGAUGUCUGUUACAUCUAAACUUGAAUAAUAAAGUUUUACCACCAGUUACACAUAACGGCGUUGGUAUGGUUUAUAUGGAUUCACUUUCAUCCAUCUAGCAAUAGGAAAUACAGAUCAUUGUAACAAAUAUAUACAGGCUCUGCUGAAUUGAGAUGGUGAAAUCAAAUCACCAUUCUAAAAAAUUAUUACUCAUAUUGAUAAAGCCUGGAUUCUCUCAAGUUAUUUUGUUUUGCUUUGCUUUUUUCUUUAACCAAUCCAUCUCUUAUUGAUAGAUUUUGUGUAAAAAGAUAUAUACUAGUUUCUUCAGAAAGAUUAACAAUAAAAAUUGUGUUUAUUUCAAAAACA